CUAUCAGAGCUUUGUUUUGGGAAAGUACUGAUAUUUAUUAUUUGUGAAGUUGUGAAUUAUAAUGAAUUCUAGUGCCAGUAUAAGGAAAAUUUUGACGCUGGGUAUGCCAAACUUUAUUCUUCAAAAAGACUCAUCGUUAAAGACUCUUGACAUUUUGCUAUCCUUGUAUGAGUUUAGCCUUAUGUUCUUCACUUUUCCUUUUCAAGAGGGGUUUUCUUGGCACAGCUAUGCUAACUAGUGGAGCUGGGUUUUUAAGUACCUUCUCCCCAAACUAUAUAUUAUUUUUGAUUUUUCGUUUUUUGGUUGGCAUUGGCCUGGGUAGUGGUUCUGUAUUCGCAUGCUGGUUUCUAGAAUUUGUUCCUGCUGACAAUAGAGGCAAAUGGAUGGUUGUCUUUUCAUCUUUCUGGACAUUUGGAACAAUUUUUGAGGCUGCACUUGCAUGGAUAGUCAUGUCAAGAUUGAGUUGGAGGUGGUUACUGGCAUUCUCUUCUUUACCAUCAUUUGUUCUGCUUCUCUUUUAUAGUCUUGCUCCAGAAUCUCCAAGGUAUCUGUGUGUGAAAGGUAAUACUACUGAUGCACAUUGUAUUAUGGAGAAAAUAGCUCAACUAAAUAAAAAAAAGCUGCCUUCUGGCCUUCUUGUUUCUACUAUAACAGACAGACAAGAUGAAGAAUUUGCUCCAAAGGAAGAUGUCCCUUUACUCUCAUCAACUAGAAAGAAUACUGAGGAAAAUAAAAAUUGCCUGUCACCAGUAUUUAUGCUUUUCUCAUCAAACUUAACUCGAGCAACCCUUCUCCUAUGGACGUUUUAUUUUGGAAAUGUAUUCUCAUAUUAUGGUAUUAUUUUGCUGACGUCUGAGCUAAGUAGUUCGGAAAGCAAAUGUGGCUCAACCAUGUGGCAUCCAGAAAAUCUCCAGGAUGCUAGCCUCUACAUAGAUGUAUUUAUCACUAGUUUGGCAGAGCUUCCUGGACUUCUGCUAUCAGCGAUACUUGUGGAUAGAAUUGGCCGCAAGCUAUCCUUCAUUAUUAUUCUUACCCUAGCUUGUAUAUUCCUUCUGCCACUGAGGUUUAUUUACCUAUGAAGAUGAGCAGCCAGCACAGCUGGAAAUAUCCCCAAUAGUGUCUUCCACCUUCUCUUUUGUUAUGUAGUUUGUUACAAGAUCUAGUCAGUAUAAAAGUGCAAGUAUUUUAUGCAUUGAUUCUCUCUGCCUAGUAAAGGGGCAAAGAAAAUGUGUGUGUGUGUGUAUUUUGCGUCAACCAAAGAAAAUGUUUCUUCAGUUGGACUUUGUACUUGUCCAGCAUCUUCAUCCUCUCUCCAGAACCAUUUAGGCGGUCUGGGAAUAGAUUGGUUACAUGGCGUUUGGAACACUAAACAAGUCAACUGUAAACUAUUUUUAGUUGACUGUAGGAGAUCAAUUUUUCAAAUGUGUUUUAAUAUAUUCUCUGGUUUAGUGAUCCUGUUGAAGGGUUUAAUCUAUGUUUCCAAUUCCAAGGAGGAUCUCCAGCUGCCCUUCAUGAUCUGUAGUAUCUAUAUUAAGUAUUUAAAGAGGUUGAUGCCAUUACUUAUAAAGUUAAAUUACUCAUUUUUCUUCAACCAGCUUCUCGACAGUACUAAUCAUGUAGAAAGCUAUUAUUGAAUUCAAAUUGACUAAGUUAUUAGUACUCAUUUUUUCUUUAUUUUUGAAGAUAUACUCAACUUCUGUGAGGACAACUGGGAUCGGAGUUGCAGGUGCUGUGGGAAGAAUUGGUGGAAUGAUAUGCCCCUUAGUAGCAGUUGGAUUGGUGACUAGUUACCAUCAAACAGCUGCCAUUAUUCUAUUUGAGGUUGUCAUUGUUCUCUCAGCCAUCUGUGCUUUUCUCUUCCCAUAUGAAACCAAGGGACAGGAAUUAAUUGACACUGUAGUUGUAUCAAAGUCAAAAGAAGCACUAUUAGUUGGUGAUUAGAUUAUACCCUUACACCAAUGUGUGACAAAUGAAAAGAAGAAGAAUAACAAGAAGCUUCACAUGUUUUUUUUUCUUAUUACACCUCAGUUUACUGCAAUAAUCACUCCCCCAAAUAGUAUUAUUUAUUCAUAAUGUAUGUGUAAUUAUUGUUCUAAUAAAAUCAGUUAAGCUGAAAUGUAA